AUGACCGUCAACGAGAGGUAUAGAAGUAUGGAUGGUAAUAUGGUAUUUUCUGUCGUUGACUGGCAGCGCAACCAGUCGCGCACAUGUGGUGAUGUACAAAAUGAUGUGUUACCCUUUGUGACGGAAUACUACACCGCACAACACUGGAAGCAGUCGGCUGACGAUGUUUUUGUUCUGCUUGCUACCGAGUGGAAUAUUUUGGUUAUGACAGCGGGUGGUACCGACGCCGCACUCGAGAACAAACGCCGCUUCCCGACCCUCUUGCGUCUAGCUCCGUUCCAGCAGCAAGACCUGACGGACGUUGUUAUGAGCUUGCUGCAGCAGUACAACUGGACCAAUUUGGCGCUGAUCUGCGAUGAUAGUGCCACCGAGUUCAAUACCUUCUUCUUAAUCUGUCGGGCACUGCCAGAUGUCAUCAAGAAGCGGCAUUCCGUUGUCCUUACACAUUUGCACUACGAUUUAAAAGCCAAUCCGGAUUACGAGAGAUAUCUGACGGAAGCGGCAACAUACAGCCGAGUGCUUUUAAUCAGCACACAUGGCUCCCGUCUACGCAAUAUCCUGGUAGUGGCCUCAAAAAUGGGAAUGGCUAACGGAGAGUAUGCGUUUAUUGAUAUUCUUCCCUUCGCAUCCCCGUUUAUUGGAAAGCUAACCUGGAAAAAUAACGACGACGAUGAUGCGCUAGCCAAAGCGGCUUAUCGCUACUUGUUGCUCGUUUCCUGUAUGCCGGCUCGAAUCGGCCAAACCGAUGACCUUUCAAUCCGGAUCAAAAACAGAUCGUCUUCUCUUUACGGUUUGCAGUAUAAUGGUGAUGAAGAGAUCAACGUUUACGGCCGCGGGUACUACGUGGGCAUCCAAAUUUUGGCGCAGGUUUUAGCAGGAUUACAGGCAGCUACCGUUUCUGGCGUCGAGCUAUCGAAACUGAUAUGGAAUCACAGUUUUGAUACCGAUUUUGGUUACUACAACAUCAACUCCAAUGGAGAUUUUGAUAGCGCAAUGGGCGUGAGAGGCUUGGUUGAGGGUGGCGACAACAUGGAAAUAAUUUACCAGUACGAGAAAAAGUCUGGUCACCUCGUUGCCAUUAAUGGAACCAGAUGGCUACUGAAUGGCAGUGCGCCGCUGAACCGCCCAGCGUGCGGAUUUCGAGGGGAAAAUCCCAAGUGCCACCAACGUGGUUUGACUCCAGAGUCAUCCAUUACGACAAUUGCUGCCUCAACCACGGCUGUGGCGCUUAUAGCUGCUUUUACCGUCUUUCAUAAACAGCUGCAUUCUCGGCACACAAAAACCGGCACCCUGGCAUACCGGAACGUGUAUGUCUACGGAUCGCAGCUGGUGUGGUGCCGCUCCGGUCAGCUCAGUCAUGGGACUUAUGGCACGACGCAUUUGAGCGGCAAAUUGAUCAAGCGAAUUAACAUGAGGAGCGCUCUAAAGCACAACAACAUUGUUGACCUUGUGGGAGUAGCCUUGGAAAAAGACAAGAUUAUGAUCUUUUCCCAAUACCGUCCAAAGGGAUCGUUGUACGAGAUUAUCGAGGAGAAACCAUCGUGGUUGUCUUGGGAUCUUAAAACCGCCAUGCUGGCUGACAUCAUCAACGGGCUUGCGUUUAUCCACUCCUCCGAUUUAAAAUUUCAUGACGCUUUAAAAAGCCCAAACUGUAUGGUAACCAAUCAGCUGGUGAUUAAGCUAACGGAUUUUGGCUGGCCUAAGGAGAUGACUGUUAUCGGCCAGCCAGAUGAUUUGGAUACACUGGCCUGA